AGCUCCUCCAGUGCACGGACUGGGAUCCUCUAUUACAGCUGCGCUCGUCUGGGGGACACUCAGGUUCUCGUCACUCGGGGCCCCCAAUAUAUCAGAGGCGGAUGGGGAAGAUGUCCGCCCUCGCUGUGCUUCUCCUCCAUGUGUCUGCGGUGUGUUCUGACAGUCACUCUCUGCGAUAUUACUACACGGCGGUCUCAGCUCUGGGGUCCAGGCUGCCGGAGUUCUCCAUAGUCGGAUACGUGGAUAAUCGGGAGAUCGUGAAUUAUAACUCAGAGAGCGGAAGAGCGAAACCGAAGGUGAAGUGGAUGGAAAAGGUGGAUCCAGGAUACUGGGAGGAACAGACACAGAGCGCUAAAGGAGAUGAGGCCGUAUCCAGACAUAAUGUGAGGACAGCAAUGAGCCGCUUCAACCAGACCGGAGGUUUCCAUAUUGUCCAGUGGAUGUACGGCUGUGAGCGGAGAGAUGACGGCAGCGUCACAGGAUACGAUCAGUACGGAUAUGAUGGAGGAGAGUUCCUGUCCCUGGACACACAGACGUGGACAUAUAUCCCCACCAUGUCCCAGGCUCAGAUCACCGCACAGAAAUGGAACAGUCGGGAGGUACAAGUGGUGGAGAGACAGAAGAAUUAUCUGGAGAAUAUCUGUAUAGACUGGCUGCAGAAACAUGUGGAGAACGGGAGAGAAGAUCUGGAGAGGAGAGUUCAGCCGCAGGUGAAGGUCUCCGGUCAGAAGAAAGGUGACACCAUGAUGCUUCACUGCCAGGUGUACGGAUUUCACCCCCGAGCUGUGCACGUGAAGUGGAUGAAGAAUGGGGACGACGUUCCCGACUAUGAGACCACACACACCCUCCCCAAUCCUGACGGCACCUAUCAGAUCAGGGUCAGUGCGGAAGUGAUCCCCAAAGAGGGCGAGAGUUACUCCUGUUAUGUGGAUCACAGCAGCCUGGGCGAGCCGCUGAACGUUGUGUGGGAACCAAGUAAUCCGAGUGUCUGGGUCACCCCUGUGGUCGUAGCUGUGGUGGUCAUCAUUCUUCUUGCUGCUGCCAUUGGUGGAUUUGUCCUAUACAGAAGAAAGAAAGCCGACUACACGGCGACCAGCACUUCAGACACUUCGUCAUCUGAUGCGCCCGAUAAUGCAGCUAAAGCCUAAUGAUCCAGACGAGCGGCCAUGAGCUUCCAUUCUUCUAGAAGACAAGGAAUCUCACCUUUCCAUCUGUCAUUACUUCCCUUCAUUGUGUGUAAUGUAGAAGAAACCUGCCAUAUACAAUCAUCUGAUUUCUAUUCAGCCUAAUCCUGGAAUAAAAUGGCUGCUGAGACAAUUUCACCCACAGAAACAUCUCACAAACGAGCAGAAAGAUUAGGCACCUAGGGGGAGAUUUAUCAAGACCAGCGCUUUCUGUGUCAGUCUUGAUAUCUCCUGUGCUGCCGGGGGAUGCACCCAACUGACUCAGGUCUCCUCAUAAAUUAACCGCUUCCUCCGACAGUCUGUGCACCUAAACAGAAAUCUGCGGCCGCCUUGAGCUACCGUAGAUUUUUGACUUCAUUUGUUCCAGAAAACUGGUGUAAAGGAAAAUAGUCACCUUUGUCUCAGGUGUUGGCCACAACACUUUCCCAGCCUCGUUACACCCUCUUUUGGAAAAGUGGCAAUGGCAGCUUAAAAGAGGCAC